AUGAAGCGGAAAUUCAAAACAAACUCUAAGUUUUACGCCAUGUAUGCGGCCUUCAUGGAUAAAUAUGAGGGGCUCCGCCACAUGACUCCAGUCGAGCCGUCCUUUGCAGGUAGCGGGACACGCAUCUGCUACCUACCACACCACGAGGUCAUGAAGGGUGAGGGAGAGGCUAGCAAAAUCAGGGUUGUCUUCAACGGCUCUUCGCGCCUGCCGAGCGGUGACUCACUCAACACACUCUUGCUGACUGGGCCCAACCUGCUUCCCACCUUGCCUCACGUUCUCUUGAGAUGGCGCCGGCACCGCUUCGUUCUGGUCACGGACAUUGAGAAAAUGUACCGCCAAGUCCUGGUCCACAAAGCCGACCGUGACCUGCAAAGGGUGGUCUGGCGCUCGGAUCGACGCGAUGCCACUCAAGAGUACCAGCUGAAUAUGGUGACCUAUGGGCUCACCUGCGCUCCGUUCUUGGCAAUCCGGGCUUUGCAGCAACUGGCGUCGGACGAAGGAGAGCGAUUUCCGCAGGGCGUCAGGGUGCUCCGCCAGGACGUCUACGUCAAUGACGUCCUGACCGACACUUCGACGGAGGGUCGCAGUAUCCGCGACCAACUCAUUCAGCUCUGCAUGGCGGGCGGCUUUCCACUGCGCAAAUGGGCGACCAACGCGGACGAGCUCUUGGAAGACAUCGCACCAGAGCACCGACAGUAUUGCAAGCACCGUGAGUGGGAACCCGAGCAAUGUCACUCCACUCUCGAACUCCAGUGGCACCCGCGCCAGGAGGCGUUUGGAUACCGUGUUCGGUUGCGCCAGGAGGAGACCGUCACAAAGCGUGUCGUGCUUGCAGAGACAGCGCGCUUGUUCGAUCCCUUGGGAUGGAUCGCCCCAGUGGUGAUCCGAGCGAAAAUACUCAUUCAAGCGCUGUGGAUGCAGCGCAUCGAUUAG